AUGAAAUUCUCUCUUGCUGCAACCUCCGCCCUCCUUUUGACUACUCUCGCAACUCUUGCUCGUGGUGACGAGUACGCUAAAGCCAUUAAAGAAUGGUGCCAUGACUUGGAGGUCGUCGCUCCUAACGAAGAUUCCGUUGUCGUUGCCGGUGGUCUCGCCAAGGUCACUGUCACUCGUCAGCCCGAUGAGCGUAAAAAGACCAUCACUGGCCUUGACCUCUACUCUGUGUCCGAAAGCGGUGAAGCCAAGUAUAUCCAAAACGUCUGGGAAGGCAAGUUCCCCUUGAACAAGCAAGCUAGCAUCAGCGACACUGUUCCUGCCAACUCGACUGCUGGUCUCUAUUACUACCGUGUUUGGGUCACCAACGAUCUUAAUGGCAUGCAUGGCCCCGAUUGUCUUGAAACCUCGCAUACUUUCCGUGUCACCUCGGGUGUCCACAAGGAUGCUGCUGGCAUGAGCUACUACACCGAAUCUUUGGAUGACAUCCAAUUCUAUCGCCCCGAGUACUUUAAGGGCUGCUUCGGUCUCAAGGUCACUACUCCAACCAAGGGUCAAGCUGUCAAGCUUAAUAAGCACGUCUCCAUCUCUGCCUCCCGUGACAAGACUUCGCAAGCUGCCACCCUCAAGAAGGUUGAUCUCUACAAGUCCGUCUCGGACAACGAGGCCAAGUUCGUUGAAACCGUUUGGACCGGCGAAGAGGACUUCACCGAUGAAAUCAAUGUCAAGGAUCACUUUGUGUUGGAUGAUGAGCAUAUCGACCAUGAUGCCACUUAUUACUACACUUUGUCGAUCUCCUCGAACAAGGCCAAGGAGGGUGAUGAGGAUUGUACUUUCCACUCUGAAGGCUUCAAGAUUGAAAAGUCCGAUUAA